AUGAACAGGUCACAAAAUAAGCUCGCGCCGGAAGUAAAUAGAAUUCUAUUCGUCAAGAAUCUCAGUUACCAGGUAUCAUCGGAAGAAUUAUUCGAUCUAUUCGGUAAAUUCGGACCAAUACGGCAAAUUCGUCAAGGCAUAGCGAAUAAUACCAAGGGCACUGCGUUCGUCGUAUACGAAGAGGUCGGCGAUGCAAAAACUGCGUGUGAUAAAUUGAACGGUUUCAACUUCCAGAAUAGAUAUUUAGUCGUACUAUACCACCAGCCGGAAAAGAUGGCAAGAUCUGAGAAGGACCUGGCGCUACGACAAGAGGAGCUUGAGAAGUUGAAGAAACAACAUGGGAUCGAAUAG